AUGAUAACUGGCGAAGAUUUGAAAGUGAAAAGAAAUGUAUACAAAUAUUCCCGUACCGAAAAACAAUCACAAAGCGAUUUAUCACCAAAAUGCAGUGCAGAGAGCAUUGAUGUCGAGUCAGUUACCUCAAAGAUUUUAAUAAUACCCGGAUUAGGUGAAACAUCUGAACGAAAUGUCCCGUUCGCUUGCAUGAAUGAAACUAUGAACGACAGAGAAAAUUGUGAUUCAGAGCAUAUCAUAAACUUUGCAGAGAUGAAAGCGCCCAGUUGGAUAGCUGAGGGUUAUGAAACUAUAAAUUUGAGUGAAGCAGAACGCAUAAUAAAAGAGUGGGGUAAUAGGCCACCCGAGUCAUUUACAAAAUUUUCAAAUAUCAAUAAUAAAAAGCACGAAAACAUGGUGAAAAUAUUAGGGGGUACAGAGAGCGCGAAGCAUUGUGCUAAGAGAUUUGAAUGGAAACGGCAAUCACGAUAUAAAAACAUACAACCGAAUCAAAAUGAUAUAUGUAGGCGUAUUAAAAUUCCAUCGGAAAAGGAAGAAACGAGAGAUUUUCCCUGCCAUCAUGCCUUGAAACCGAUCAAGAGAAUGCUUUUUGAGGACGAAAGUAGGGAAAGUCUCCGUUCCUGCCUAUUAUCUAAACAAACGCCAUCAUGUUGCAGUUAUACGAAGAAACCAGUAACUAUUUCGCCCAUCGGUCAAUCUAAAUGUAAUUGUGAUUUAACAAAUCGCUUGGCUUGCCCUCAGCCCAACGUCACGACUAGCGUUUGCGAAACGAAACCUGAAGAAUCAAGAUGCGAUACCCAACGUUACAAUUGCAGGCCUCUCCGAUCAAAUUGCUGUCAUUGCGAAGUUAUAUAUAAGACUAGCACUCAAACUAAUCGCACCGCUCAGUCGAAAAUGUGUCAUUGCAAUUUCGAUGACGAGAAACCGACUACCUCGAAAGGUAUAAAAAGUGAACGGCCGGAUAUUUGUUUGCCAUCUAUUGAAUCCAAUCCAAGCGAGAAAUUGAAGGGAUCCAAGCAAGAUUUAAUAGAUAAUAUUAUGCGUAAGCUAUUAGGUUGCGAUAAUUCGGAAAUAAAUAUUGAAAUAAAAAAAUCGAAAAAAAGAAAUUUCGCGCCAUCUUUAAAUGAUCGAGCAGCUAUAAUUGCCAAAGAAUCAAUAUCUUGUCAAACUGAAUUUACGAGUUUAACUCGUGAUCCUGAUAGUCGGAGAACUCAAAAACAAACUACUUCUGUGAAUUCAUCGAAAAGUCAGCAAGAACCAUAUGAAUAUCAUCGAGACGAUGGCUUAACACAAUGUCGAUCGCGAUGUCAAUACGGCAAAAAAGCCACUAGGAAUAAAGAUAUUUCCACUUAUACCCAUUUUCAUGAUGCGCAGAUUAAUUGUCUUGAAAAUUCGAAAGAAAUUUCGAAAGUGACGCGAAAGAACUCAGUUGAGUCUUGGUUAAGAAAUAAUCCUAGCCAUUUAGAGUAUCCAAGAAUUAAUGACGAAGCUAGCGGUAGUUCCUUUCACAAUUCCACAGAAAGCAACGAUUUUUUGCGCAAUUCCUUGAGUGAUUCGAACUUUUCGGAAUAUCAAACUAGCGUAGCACCAAGUUGUGGCGCAGCCUUUCCCUUGGCCAAUCAAAUUCCUAACAAGGAAAGAAACUUAAAUUCAAAAGCUUUUCUAAGAAAUUCGACUAAUGCGUCCAAUGAGAGCGGACAAUCACUUGUUGAAGAUACACUAUCUGUAACGGAAGAUCCCAUUGAUUUCUCAGUGGGAGGACAAAAUGUCAGCUUUUUCAACGAUCUACAAAAUGGUCCAACGUUAAAAAUUCCACGCUUUGCUCUCAACUUACAUGAAAAACAUCAUAACAAUCAAUUAAUUGAUGCAUCUUUCGAUUAUAUCGGGUCAGAACAAUCUGAAUAUUCGAAAGGAAAUCAUGCAUCUUUUAAGGCAUCGCCUGAUGCUGAUCAAGAACCUAAUAGCUUGUAUUUUCUACGCACCAAUCAUUGCUUAUUUUCACCGAAAAGCACGUUUGACCAAUGUCUACAUAGUACUGAACCAUAUGUGGGUUACUCCCAUUCGGAUUCUAAGUGUUAUGAAUAG